AAACGGUGACGUAAUAACUACCCGACGUUAGGCAGCGUUUGGUGGUCGAGAACUCGACACAGCGUUCAAUUUUAUUGUUUUAAAAAAAGAAAUAUAUCGAUUUAUUAUAAAUACUUUUUUUUUUUUUUAGGAAUACUAGGCAACCAGUUCGGUUUAAGUAAUUUAGGUGUCGAUUUUGUUAUUUCCUUCACUGAAAAGCAGCUACAGAAACAAUGCCUCUGCCUCCGGCGCUUCUAGCCCGCCUGUCGAAGAGAGGUAUUCUUAAACACUCGGAAAACGAUGUCGAUGAGGAAGUCAUUGCCGAAGACUACGAUGACAACAACGUGGAUUACGAAGCCACUCAGGUGGAGAACCUGCCCCCAAACUGGUACAAGGUGUUUGAUCCUGACUGCGGACUGCCGUACUACUGGAACAUAGAGACUGACAUGGUGUCCUGGCUCUCUCCAAACGACCCCAGCGUGGUCGUCACAAGAGGCCCCAAGAAGAUGAAAGAGGUGGAGGAGAGGGCUGAGCACUUCGAAAAGCCGAACCGGGACGAGUUGAGAGAGAAGAGGCACUAUCGGAGGGAAGAGAGCGCCCCCUAUCAGAAAACAAAGAGAGGCCGAGACAGAGUAGAUGAGGAGAUGGACCCCAUGGAUCCGAGCGCUUAUUCGGACGCCCCACGGGGGUCGUGGGCGACGGGGCUCCCCAAACGCAACGAGGCGAAGACGGGGGCUGACACCACAGCAGCGGGACCCCUCUUCCAGCAAAGACCCUACCCCAGCCCUGGGGCUGUCCUGAGGGCCAACGCAGAGGCGACACGGGCAAAGGAGUUAAAAUAGAGGGAAGCAGAGAUGCACCCAGAGAGCCAGGGGUGACUAGAAACUAGCUUUGCAUAGCAGGGGUGGAAGUAAGACUCCUAUUGCACAGCAGUGUGAUCCAGUCCAGGUUUUACUACCAGCUUGAUCAGCCCCCAGUGUGUCUAGGUAACAAGCUCAGGUGUGUCUUAUUAUUAAACUCCCAGUGAAACCAGGACUGGAUCACACCGCUGUGGAACGGGAGUCUGAUUCGCAACCUUUAUAAUUACUGAACUGAACCUCUCGCACCUCUGUAUGGAGCCUGUUAAUUAUUUAAUAACGCGAGGAGUCGCUCUUUCAGGCUUGGAGGGGUUUUUUUUGUGUUACUUUACCUUUUGUGUGAAAAAAAUUAAAUAAAAUGCAAUACAGGAAAUAUGAACCGUGGGAGGACAGUUUGAAUUGUAUGUUUUGUGCCUUUUUCUAUUAUAAAAAUAAAUAAAUAAAUAAAGAUAACUAA